GGUAGUACCAGCCAUGCACCAAACUCGACAAAAUACUUGACAUGCAUCAUUUCAGCCAUGGAGAAAGCAUCGCACUUAUCUGUCAUAGUAGACCUAUCUCCAACGCAAUGGCACCUCUCUGCGCAAACUUCAAACCAGUAUCCACUCUCCAUCGAGACGUUUCUCUCGCAGCUUCUCGCAUUUCUGAAUGCGCAUAUCGCGUCCAAGCAUGAGAACUCACUUGUAGUCUUUGGCGCGCUUCCUGGGAAGAGUGUGUUGCUCUAUUCAUCCACGGAGUUGCUCUCGGAUGACGUGCCCUCAUUGGAUGCUAACUCGUAUCUGCCUUUCAAGCUUGUGGACUCGACAGUUGUACAGAGGAUCAUGAAUGAGUUUGAUGCUAUCGGAGAGCUCGAGGAAGAACCUUCAUGUGCAUUGGUAGGUGCUGUGACGAAGGCACUGUGUUACAUCAACCGCAUCACCCAUCCCUCAUCAACGACUGCCGGUGUUGCAGAGGACCCGUCGAUCGUCCAUGACCCUCGCAUCUUAAUCCUUUCAGUUUCACCUGACUUGUCUUCUUCGUACAUCCCAAUUAUGAAUGCUAUCUUCUCCGCACAAAAACUG